AUGGCUCAGGGCUCCAGAGAUCAGGGUAGCGCUGGGACAGCGGACCUGGAGGAAGAUUCACCCAACAUGAUCGUCUACAGAAAAAUCGAGGACAUCAUCAUGCGGAUACAGGACGAGAAUUCCGGCGGCGUUCCCAUCCGAACAGUCAAGAGCUUCCUGUCUAAAGUGCCCAGCGUGGUUUCCGGUUCAGAAAUCGUGCAGUGGCUGAUGAGGAACCUGUCCAUCGAAGACACAGCUGAGGCCAUCCACCUUGGCAGUCUCAUUGCCGCCCACGGCUACAUCUUUCCCAUCUCUGACCACGUCCUGACCCUCAGGGAUGAUGGAACUUUGUAUCGCUUCCAGGCCCCAUACUUCUGGCCCUCUAACUGCUGGGAACCUGAAAACACAGACUACGCCAUUUACCUGUGUAAACGUACCAUGCAGAACAAAGCCAGACUGGAGCUGGCAGACUAUGAGGCUGAGAACCUGGCUCGUCUGCAGAGGGCAUUUGCUCGGAAGUGGGAAUUUAUCUUCAUGCAAGCUGAAGCACAGGCCAAAAUCGAUCGGAAGAAAGACAAGGUGGAGAGGAAAAUCUUAGACAGUCAGGAGAGGGCAUUCUGGGAUGUUCACCGACCAGUGCCAGGCUGCGUGAACACGACAGAGAUGGACAUCCGCAAGUGCCGGAGGGAGAAAAACCCCCAGAGAGUGAAAAAGUCGGUGUACGGCGUGACAGAUGAUUCCCAAACUCAGAGUCCAAUACAUGCGCCCAGUCAACCAGCCAGAAAACCCACCAAAGAGGAUGUACAGAGAGAGAUAUCAUUCUUAAAUACUCAGCUGGACCGACACUGCAUGAAAAUGUCCAAAGUUGCUGACAGUCUGAUGAGCUAUACAGAGCAGUUUAUGGAGUACGAUCCCUUUGUUUCGUCACCUGAGCCGUCUAAUCCAUGGGUCGGUGACGACACUACAUUUUGGGACUUGGAGGCUAGUAAGGACCCCAGUCAGCAUCGGGUUAAAAAGUGGGGCUUCUCUCUGGAGGAGGCGCUGAAAGACCCCGCCGGACGGGACCAGUUCCUAAAAUUCCUGGAGUCGGAGUUCAGUUCAGAGAACCUCCGGUUCUGGCUGGCCGUGCAGGACCUGAAGCGUAGACCCCUACAGGAGGUGGCCACCAGAGCCCAGGAGAUAUGGCAAGAGUUUCUGGCCGAAGGAGCCCCCAGCUCCAUCAACCUAGACUCGCACAGCUACGAGCGCACCAGUCAAAAUCUCAAAGACCCAGGCCGCUACAGCUUUGAGGACGCCCAGGAACACAUUUUCAAACUGAUGAAGAGUGAUAGUUACUCACGUUUCCUGAGAUCAAACGCCUAUCAAGACCUCUUACUGGCCAGAAAGAAGCAACCUGAAACUGAGCAGGGCAGACGCACCUCACUGGAAAAGUUCACUCGUAGCGUGGGGAAGUCGUUAACGAGCAAACGCCUGACGGGCCUCAUGCAGUCCUCCUGA